GAGGGAUGCAGGGCCUGAAGUCUCAGAUUGGAUGGAUAAUGCAUGUCCGACACAAGUUUGUUCAUGGCUGGUUUGGUGGUUUGAUUGAGAGCAAGGCAACUGACUGAUCUCUAUCUCCAGAGCAUGGCUCAAGUGCUGAAAGGCUACUAGUAGCAUUGUGUGUUGGAUGUCGAGUGACUAUUUGGAGCUCUUCUGGACCUUGCUGGAUCUCUCAAAGUAUGAUGAAGUGAGAAGCAGCAUCCCAAAGAAUUUCUCUUGGAACAUACUCCAUCCUCAGGAGAAGACCACAAUCCUCGUCAGAGCUUGCAGAUUCCCAGUUGAUGGACGAAACGAGGACCAAAUUCUUGACCUGCUGGAGUGGCUCAUUAAGUCAGGGGCCAGUACAUCACAAAAGUGCGGAAACUCUACCAUUUCAUCCCAAUUGUGGAAAACCAACGACAAAGCUAACACCACAAUCUCAGUGGAUUACCGGGGGCAUUCACUCAUGUCCUACAUCAACGCUUGGCGAGAGGCCUUGCACGGGAAACCGGAGUGGAAACAUAGGUUUGAUUUCCUCGCCAAAGUCAUAGACAGGAUUGCAAAAGCCUCAGGCCAGUUGCAGCGUGGGAAUAGAUCAGCUGUCCAUGAAGGCAUCGUGGAUAUGUGGGAGAAGUUUUUACAUGCGAAAGAUUCUCAUGACCUGGACAUCGAAGCUGCCGAUGGACAUGUGACUGCUCACACGCACAUGCUUAUGGAGGCAUCUCCAGUGGUCCAAGCCAUGUUGGCAUCGCCCAUGCAAGAACGCCAGACCAAACGAAUCCGGCUGAAAGACACCAGUUGCAGCGCAGUAACACUGUUCUUGGAAACACUCUACACAUGCUCCUCACAGGGUGAUCCAGACUACCAGACUGCACUGUCAGCAUUGGAUUUGGCUCACCGAUGGCAAGUGGAUGUGGUUGUAGAAGUUCUUGCAGAUUUCAUAGAGGGCCUGAUCGCAGAAGCGAGUUUCGCUGCGAUUGCAGAGCACGCAGCCCUGAAGGGCUUGGACCAGCUGAAGAAAGCUUGCCAGAGGUUUGGGUCUGAAAAUGCUGCCAUUCAGGACCAGCUGGGGAAGGGGAAAUUCCCCAAGGUUGUCCAGGACCUCUUUCGGGAAAAAGCAACGACUCAGCCGGUCAAGAAGCGAAAGUGCUUCUGACGACUCGCACCAGCCGGGAGCUGGCAAAGAUCAGCGACAGAGAUAAAA